UUACUGUGGCUUAGUUCACGCUGCUGAUUUCAGUGUCAGUUGCCAUUACCUUUUUGGUUAUUACCAGGUCAUUAUUCCUCAAUAACCCAAACAUUGCUGUUUACUACCGUGGAGCUAACAGGGAAAAUGAUGUCAACAAGUUCGUCAGGGUCAGCAUGCAUUCUUGCAUAAAAUUAAGAUGUGAUGGCUGGGAAACGCACCGUCUGUUACUGUGGCGUUUACGUUUGCAACGCAUAGCGUAUGCAGCCUCUCAUAACGCUAGAUCUAUUAGUAGAUCUCACAUCUAACGUUAUGUCCAAAUACUACGAAAAUGUGUAACGUUCCUUGGCGAGUGCAUAGACUUACCGCUGAAAUGCGAGGCCGUAUCUUUGCAUUGUGUGGGUUGAAUGCAAAUCGCCCUGGAUUGUACCUCGGAACUGUUCUGCUAACAGCCGUGAAUGUUUUAUUAUGGCUGUGUGGUGUUCACACUAGCCUCACCUUGGGACCAGGUGGCGAAUUUCCAAGUUUAAAAGGUUUGACCACCUAUGCUUUCAGCCAUGAAGACCUAACAUCCCUUGUUUGUAACACAUCUCUUCUUGUGUGGCUUGGGCCGUGCCAGGAGCAAAGAUGGGGUACAACGACAUUCUUCAUUCUCACUAUGUUCUCUAUAGUACUCCUUCCUCCAUUGUAUACACUGGCUCUCUUCAUCACAGAUGAUGAGACCAGUAGAAUCAGUGGUUUUUCUGCUGUCCAACUAGCACUGUUCACUGCACAGAGCCAGCAGGUGAAGCAAAAGAGACUUUUAGGCUGUGUUCCUAUCUGGCUGCUACCCUGGUUUCUCCUAAUACUACACUUCUUCCUGCUCCCUGGAACACCUGGCAUGCUUCACUUCUGUGCAAUCUGUUUAGGCUACAAUUACACACCCUCGCUGAUUGGGAUUAUUCAACGGCUUGAAGACACACGGCUUUCUACUUUUUUGCCUGUCUGGGCUUAUGUAUCGGUGCAAACCAGAUUUCAGUUACCAACCCACAACAUUCAACGAAGGUCAGAAGACCAUAUCCAGCCUCUAACAGUGGAAGUAUCAGACCUCCUUACCUCCACCCAGUUUGAUUCCUUCACAUCUCCUCCAAAACAGCACUCUGCUGUAUCAAUGAUUACAUCAGAUACACAGGCACUGGAGGAUGAAAUGUUAAGGGCAGGGAUUUUGGCUUCAUUACAGUAUUCCACAGAAGAAGAGAAAAAACUUGAGGUGCCAAAAUCAUCUGUUUCCUCCCUGAGGCUACAGCAACUACAGAAGAUGGGAUUUGCAACCGAGAAGGCUGUUGUUGCCCUGGCAGCCACAGCCCAGUUGGAUGGGGCUAUAUCAUUGCUUAUUAAUGGCCAAGUUGGGGAAGAGGCGGUGGUGAUUUCCAAGGGCAAGAAAAAGCCGCACUCAUAGACACAGUACAGAAGCAGUCAAAUGCUAUUUCAUUGUUUAGUUUUGCAAUUGUACCAGCUCACAUGUUAUGAUGAUAUUUUAGGAUUUAUUUCAACAAAAUAUGUUGUUGAUAUUGGUCAUUCUGUGCUGAAUGAAAUAAA